AUGGUAAGAGACAACAGGAGUCUAGUGGAGUCACAGAAGGACAAGAAAGGAGCUUCAUCCCAGAAUGUCAACUGGCAGAUAAAUCGCAACCGACAGGCUCACCACACAGACAAGUACUUCAGCAGAGAUCUCAUCCUGCGGAGAGGCCAACCUUUCGAAAUUUCCCUGAAUCUAAGUGAAAAUACAGGCUCUGCAGAGAGUCUAGUAUUCAUUGCCGCCACAGGACCUAACCCCUCAGAAUCAGCACGAACCAGGGCUGUGUUUUCACUCUCCAAUGACAGAAAUGGUAGUGGCUGGAGCGCACAGCUCUUGUCGAGUCAGAACAACAUUCUGGACAUCUCCAUCUCCAUUCCCGUCAACGCUCCUAUCGGUUGGUAUACCCUCAGCCUUCAGGAUGGCGGCUCCCUUCUGAAACUUGGAACAUUUGCUGUUCUCUUCAAUCCCUGGCUGCCAGCUGAUGGUGUCUUUAUGAGUAACCAAGCUGAGAGAGAAGAGUAUGUUCAGCAGGAUGCUGGCAUCAUCUAUGUGGGAAGUGCAAAUCGAAUCGGCAUGGUUGGCUGGAACUAUGGACAGUUUGAAGAAAACAUUCUCAACAUUUGCCUCUCCAUCCUGGACCACAGUUUGAAUUUUCGCCGUGACCCCACGACUGAUGUGGCCCGCAGAAAUGACCCCAAGUAUGUCGUUCGGGUGCUGAGUGCUAUGGUCAAUGGCAAUGAUGACAAUGGUGUGCUUGCUGGAAACUGGAGUGGCAAUUACUCAGGCGGUGUAGACCCAAGGAUCUGGAAUGGCAGUGUGGAGAUCCUUAAGGAUUGGCGGAAAAAUGGAUUCAAACCAGUUCGAUUUGGCCAGUGCUGGGUCUUUGCUGGAACUCUCAACACAGUGAUGCGGUGUUUAGGCAUUCCCUCCCGUGUGAUCACCAACUUCAACUCAGCUCAUGACACCGACCGAAAUCUCUUAGUAGAUGUGUACUACGAUGCAUCUGGCAGGCCAAUAGAAAGAAGCACUGACAGUGUGUGGAAUUUCCACGUCUGGAAUGAAUGCUGGCUUGUGCGGACUGACCUGGGCCCUGCGUACAAUGGAUGGCAGGUUCUUGAUGCCACGCCCCAAGAGAGGAGCCAAGGAGUGUUCCAGUGUGGCCCUGCCUCUGUGAAUGCUGUCCGAGAGGGUGAUGUGAACCUGGACUUCGACAUGCCCUUCGUCUUUGCGGAAGUUAAUGCUGACCGUGUCACCUGGAUCUAUGAUGCCUCCACUGGUAACCAGAGGAAGAAUUCUAUGGACACACGUUCCAUUGGCGUUUACAUCAGUACCAAAGCAGUGGGCAGUAACUCUCGCAUGGAUGUCACGGAUAAAUACAAGUACCCGGAAGGCUCUGGCCAGGAAAGAAAAGUGUUUGAAAAGGCCCUAGGGAAACUGAAGCCCAAUGACAGAUUUGGUCCCACAGCAGCUGGGGAGGGGGAAACUGAAAACCGCGAACCCAGUAUCUCUGGACUGUUCAAGGUCACAGGCAUCCUGGCCGUGGGCAAGGAAGUGAACUUGGCUCUCAUCCUCAAGAACCUGACAAGAGACUUGAAGACUGUGACGGUAAACAUGACAGCCUGGACCAUUGUCUACAAUGGCACCUUGGUGCAUGAGGUGUGGAAAGAUUCUAUUACCAUCUCCUUGGACCCUGAGGAAGAAAUCCAGUAUCCCGUGAAGAUCUCAUACGCGCAGUACCAGAAGUACCUGAAGGCUGACAACAUGAUCCGGACCACGGCCGUGUGCCAGGUCACUGAUGAGAGCGAGGUGGUGGUGGCCAGAGACGUCAUCCUAGACAACCCCACACUGACCCUGGAGGUGCUGGACAAGGCCCGGGUGCAGAAGCCAGUGAAUGUGCAGAUGCUCUUCUCCAACCCGCUGGAUCAGCCAGUGAAGGACUGUAUUCUGAUGGUGGAGGGGAGCGGCCUGCUGCGAGGCAACCUCAAGAUAGAGGUGCCUGCUCUGCGCCCCAAGGAGCGAUCCAAGGUGCGCUUUGAGAUCCUGCCCACUCGGAGUGGUACCAAGCAGCUACUGGCUGACUUUUCUUGCAACAUGUUCCCCGCCAUCAAGGCUAUGCUGUCUAUCGAUGUGGCUGAGUGAAGGGCCCAGGAGCGCCCUCCAUACAAACUUGGGUUCCACAGAGCAGGUGGAGCUGGCCUGUGGUGUGAACACCCUGGUCCAUGCUCUCCAGCCUGGAAAGCCCAUUUUCCCUCCGAGGUGGCCUGGACCUGCACCUCUGGCCUCCAGCACUCACCCCUCCCUCAUUUCCAGUCUCAGCUGGCUCCACCCUGGCCUAUGAUGUGCUCUCAUCCUACUCCCCGUUUUUCAGAGCCCUGUGGCCCUGUUCAGCCCUUAUGCCCAUUGAUGCUGCAGGACGAAGUGGCCCCCCACCCUGGCGAGCCCUCAAAAGGAUCUGGGAGAGAAGACAGUCUGGACCAUUUGCUGAUCCCCAGCCUUUUCCUUUCUUGGGCCACUCUGGAAGGGAGGGUCCACUUAGGCAUCCUCCAUGGCACUUACAUCCUUACACUGAAAAUAAAUGUUCAAAAGCA